GCUUAUAGCUAACCUUAAGACUAACAUAAUCACACUAAAAAGGCAUGUGAAAGACAUAAAGAGAUGCUUUUUUUAACUAGUCACAGCCACAUGAUCUUUUUUUAAUCAUUAAACCAACAGAGCAGGUUCUUUCGCUUCAAAGCAGACAGCUGAGAGGAAAACAGUCUUAUGAAAUCGUUUGCUUGUAAUAGAAUUGCUUACCACAUUUGUUUCAACAAAAAGAGGCAAAAAUAUCUCACACUACCCCUAACUGGACUAAUCAAAUGCUUUAGAUGUGACAUAAUUUAACUUGACAGGUUUUUAAGAAGAACAUUGAAGAAGUCUACCGCAUACCACUGAGUCCUAGAUAAAUUAAUUGAUUUUCAGAGAAGAAUAGCAGCUGCUCUACUAUUUUUAAAGCUCAAGUUUGUCUGUGUGAAACAGCAGAACCAGUCGGUUUGAAAUCUAUUUGCUCUCUGGUUGUGUGUGCCUGUUCCUGUUUAGGAGAGAGACAUGGCAGAAACACACCACAAUGAGUUUAAGCUUGUUGGUCCUGAAAAACCUCAAAGAGCUCAUGCAUCAGUAGGGUCUGAAAUAACAGUUCCCUGUCACCUGUCUCCUGAAAUAAGUGCUGUUGACAUGGAAAUCGGAUGGUUUAAGGAGACAGACUGUGUGUGUCUCUAUAAGAACAGAGAGGUGAUAGAGGGGAGGGGAUACGAGGACAGAGUGAGUUUGUCCCAUAACGAGAGGGGAAAAGUUUCCUUACUCCUGAGAGAGUUCAGAAAAUCAGAUGUUGGAGAUUACUUGUGUCAGGUCACCAGUAGAGAUAAAUCAGAGGAGAUAUCAGUAAGAGUAAGAGAGCUGUGUGCAGAGAGCCCAACAGAAUCCCCAGGUCAUAAAAUAGAUGUGGCAAAAGGUGCACUUGGUAUGUGCAAAAUACAAAUAGAAAAGAUAAACAGAGCUUGGACCAAGGACGAAAGAAGGAAAAUGAAGGAAUCCGGUUUAAUGGCAGUUCAGCUUCAAGGGAUGGAUUUUGGACAGGUGGUGGAGGUUCUCCUAUAUGAGAGUGACAUAAGAAAUAAACUGCAAAAACAAUUGGAGGGGAGAAAACAACAGCAGAAAAAACAUGUGAAUCCAGAAUCCUCCAUUCCAAACUCCCCAGUGUUUGUAGGAGUAGAACUCAGGCUUGUUCUUUUGGGGAGGUCUGGAUUGGAGAAAAGAGCAGCAGGAAUCAUGAUCCUGGGCAGAGAGGAGAGAAGCCAGACUGGUACAUCUACAGAAAUCCAGCAGAGUGAGAGCAGACAAGGGGAGGUUGCUGGGAGGAAGGUGACUGUGGUGGAAACUCCUGACUGGUUCUGCUCUGGACUCUCUCCAAACGAGCUGAGACGGGAUGUUGAACUCUGUGUCUGUCUGUCUACUCCAGGACCACAUGUUUUCCUCCUAGUCAUACCAGUGAAAGAGUCUGCUGGACAGGAGAGAGGGAUGCUGGAGAAAAUGGAGGAAAUACUGGUGGAAAGAUGCUGGAAGCACACUGUGAUCCUUUUCACUGUUACUGAUGAAGAACAAGAGAAGAACAUUGAGAAGUUUAUCCAAUCGGGGCAUCAGGAGGUCCAGAGACUUGUAGAGAAAUGUGAAAACAGGUUUCACUGUCUCAACAUCAAUCAGAGUGGAGAUGAUUCUCAAGUGUUACAACUGCUGGAGAAAAUUGAGAAGAUGGUUGCAGGAAACACAGACAGAUUCCAGUGGAGUGAUAUUUACCUGCAUGAAUCUCAGAUUCAGGAAUUGGAGAGAAAGCUCAGGAUGGAGACAGAACAAAAGGAUACAUUAGGCAGACAAAUGGAGGAAAAGAACAGAGAUAUACAAACACUGAACCAAAAGAUCUUAGAGCUCAAAGCAAUUCAAGAAAAACAAUGGCUCUGUGUUAUUUCCUGAUCCAGUCCUCCCUUAUACUUCCAUUAUUUUACUGUCCUCUCACAUAAAGGCAUAAAAACAUAUCAAUGGUAUUAAAUACAGUGAAAUAGUUCAUGAAACCUACGAAUGCAUUUUAAGUCACUUUGUAUAAUAGUGUCUCCCAAAUGCAUUAACAAAAUUAUUUCCGUAAGCUGAUGUAUUGCCAAGUGAAGCAAUAUUUUGAGUAGUAUUUUACGUGGUUAAUCCAUGGAGCCAGACCUGAAUAUCCGUUUGCUACUGUGGGACAGUUUUGGGUAGCAACACAUUACUUGGUAAUGCAUUACUGUAAUUUGAUUGUUUUUUUUAGUAACAGAGUAAUUUAAUGGAUUAUAAUUCCCAAAAUAGUAAUUAGAGCAUAGUUACAAGCCAAGGUCUCGGUACGUUACCGCUGCAUUACAUCAUUGCCGACAGAAUGCAGUGUUUUAUCAUCUAGAUUGUAAAAACAGUGUAGCACAUGCAACGUCCUCUACCUGAGACCUAGGCUACUUUACUUUGACUGGUAAGUGCCUGCAAGGCGGAUCCUACUAACGAAAACAAACAUGCGUUCUGUAGCUGUAAAUACAAUCAUUAUUUUGAGUUUAUUUCUGUCAAAGGCAGGAACAUUAUUGUGCGCUGUCAAUUAGCAACGGAAGCAAUGGACAAUCAGAGGCAGGGGCGCCUUAAGAUAACCAGAGGCCCCUGGGUAGUCGCCCCUACCCCAGAUUUUUUUUUAAUGUUGUUUUCUUGUUCAUAUGCCAGUUAACAUUUACAACACUGUUCUGGGUAAAUUGUGAACGUAAGUGAAUAUGUAAAUUCACUCUUUUGACAGAGAUGGCACUUGUGGAACAGCAGAAUUAUAGCCAUCACAUAAACUAAAUACUACUUUAUUACAGUUAUUAUAUGGAGGUAAUAUGAAACAAAAAUUCCAUAAAAACUUCUGGCCCAAAUGUGAGUUUACAGGUAUGAUUUAAACACCAUAUAUCACACAAAAUAUUCAUUAUCCAUCAUCAGUAGAUCAAAACUAUUUGGUGAUUGCUAACUGCGUUUUUAUUUUGAACAUGCUGUGCUCACGUUUAAUUAAAUAGAUCAUAGUCGUUUAAAGUUUAAUGAUCACAUUUAAUCAGUAGGAAGUUUAUGGGAUGGGAUGUUGUGGCUGAGCAUGAAACUUACUAUUUCAUGUAAAUUUCAUGGAUGUACAUGAGAAAGUAAUUAAACUAAUAAUGUAACCAGUUACUUUUGAUAUAAAGUAAUCAGAACAAUAACUUGAUUACUUUAAAAUAAGUAAUCAGUAAUUUGUCAUUUAAUUACAUUUCAAGAGUAAUUUGCACAACACUGCCGUGAAAGCAUUUGUACUGUGGAAGACAACUCUCUUCCUAAAACACCACCAGCAUCUAUUUUUGAUUAUAGACACAAGGUGGAGACAAAUCUUUGUUAUUUGUAUGUUGUGACUUCUCCUUGUAUGGCUAAUGAGCUGGUAGUAUAUGUCUUCCAAUUUGAUUAUUAAUAGUAUUAUUAUUUUUAUUACACAUGAUAAAAAAUGCAUUUUUAUUAUUGAAAUAUCAAAGAGCUGUGGUCAUAUUUUGAUUUUCAUACUAAUAGAAAUGUGUAAAACUGGGCUGAAUUUUACCCAUGCAGAGAGUGAAACUGGCUGCUGACAAUUUGCAUUGCUGUCUGAAAAGUGAAAUCAAUUUAUCUAAACUUCAUUUGAACAAUUUGUUAAAAUACUUAAAAAUUAAAUGAAGAAUAUCUGUUUUGUUUUUACCAACAAAAAGUGUAUCUGUUAUCAUAAGCACAUGCUAAUAACUUCCUCUGUCAAUACAACAAAUAAAUACCCGGAAUUACAUGACAAUAUCCAGACACAGAAUCUUCAGUAUUUUGUAAAUAGCUCAUUAAUGGGAUUUAGCUCAAAGGCUUGUGUGUAAUUGGUCAGGAGGUCCUGAACUGUCAUCAUUCAAGCUCAAUAAACAUA